AUGUAUCCCGAUCAUUUCAGUUAUGAUGUGAUAAAUGAUGGUAGGAUUUGUCAAGAUGAGAAUAUGAAAGAAGUCGACUGUUUAUCAUCACCGCAAAAGUUUCUUCAUGAAAGCACCAGCGAAAUGAGUGAAUCAUCAUCAACAGUCAUUCCAAAACCAGCUGCAAGCACUAAAGCAUCAUGGAUGAGACGAGGUAUUUUGACAAUACCGGAAUAUUCACCUUCCGUAUUGUCUUAUUUAACCGGUACACCCAUUAUAGGUUUUAUCUGCUUAAUACUAUCUAUAUAUCAUUCCGUUUCAGAUUUAAAUACACCAUGCCUACCAACAGAUACUUUAUUUCAUCAGUUUACUCGCGAGACGCAUCAUCACCUGUCUGUUAAUCAUCCCCAGCAGCGUCAUAAUAAUGACUAUCAGACGAUUGGAAUGAAAUUAGUAGCCACAUAUCCAAAAUUAGAAUCAAAACAAACACGCACACCUUGGCGUCUUAUUACAAAAGCACUGUCGCACAAGUGGCGAAAUCAUGUGCAAAUGGAAAAAAAACGACUCAAGAAGAUAAGUGAACAGCAACUACAUACGUAUGACAAUGUCAAGCAU